GUUUGAAGGGUAAAUCAGCGUCAAUUGCGUUUGCUGUCCACCAGAAAAAGUAAGCAUUUUACUUCCGCUCGGUCUAUGUGGACUGAUGAAAUGUAGAAAAUCUGUUUCUGGCAGGGGGAAAAAUCGUUUUCCCAACAGCACCAAGAGGAGCCGUCAGAGAAGUAUGAAGAGGGGCAGUGCGGCUGUAGCUGCUGCCGCUGCCACCGGGCUAGUGGGGUGCGGGGAGCCGCUGCUGCAGGACCUGUGCCGGGAGGGGCCCGGCCCCGAGACGCUGCAGGAACCGAGCCCGGAGCCCCGGCGCCUCUGAGAGCCUCCAGCAGCCCAGCUCCGGACGAGGGGGUAUUACAAGUGGAUAAAUAAUGUGCACUGCUCUGAGCCCAAAGGUACGCAGUGGACCUGGCCUCUCUGAUAUGCAUCAGUAUAGCCAAUGGCUGGCCAGCAGACAUGAAGCUAAUUUGCUGCCGAUGAAAGAAGAUCUGGCCUUGUGGUUAACCAAUCUAUUAGGGAAAGAGAUUACGGCAGAAACUUUUAUGGAGAAGUUAGAUAAUGGUGCCUUACUCUGUCAGCUUGCAGAAACUGUGCAGGAGAAAUUCAAAGAGAGCAUGGAAGCUCACAAGCCCGCAAAGAGUCUGCCCUUAAAGAAGAUUCCAUGCAAAGCCAGUGCACCCUCGGGCUCUUUUUUCGCCCGAGACAAUACAGCAAAUUUCUUAUCCUGGUGCCGAGAUUUAGGUGUGGAUGAAACAUGUCUAUUUGAAUCGGAAGGUUUGGUCCUUCACAAGCAACCCAGAGAAGUGUGUCUCUGUUUGCUAGAGCUUGGCCGGAUUGCAGCCAGGUAUGGUGUGGAGCCUCCUGGUUUGAUAAAAUUGGAAAAAGAGAUUGAACAAGAAGAAACACUUUCUUCCCCUUCUCCUUUGCCUUCUCCUUCAUCAAAAUCUUCUGGAAAAAAGAGUACAGGAAACUUACUGGAUGAUGCAGUGAAACGAAUUUCUGAAGAUCCUCCUUGCAAAUGCCCAAACAAGUUCUGUGUUGAGCGGCUUUCCCAAGGGAGAUACCGCGUGGGAGAAAAGAUCCUCUUCAUUAGGAUGCUGCACAACAAACAUGUUAUGGUCCGUGUUGGAGGAGGAUGGGAAACUUUUGCAGGGUAUUUGUUGAAACACGACCCAUGCCGAAUGCUGCAGAUAUCCCGUGUGGAUGGCAAAACGUCCCCCAUCCAAAGCAAAUCUCCAACCCUUAAGGACAUGAAUCCAGAUAAUUACCUGGUGGUUUCUGCCAAUUGUAAGGCUAAGAAAGAGAUUAAAUGAAACUAGUUGGUCACUGCAAGGGGACUCUCAUAAUGGCCUAUAUCCACUUCUCCAGUAGUCAGUUUAGUUCCUAUGCUCUGAAAAUUACUUUGUAAAAAGGCAUAACAUGAAACAUGUCAUCAUUCUGAAAGAUGUUCAAAGCGUAGCACUAUUUAUUUUUAAUGCUUCUGUAGAAAAUGACCUAGUCAAAGAAAUUCUAAACUCAGAUUUAAAUUAGACAAAUUGUAGGCAAAUUAUUUCUUCUCAAUAUGUGAACACAAUGUAUAGAAUAUAAACAAUAUUAGGAACACAAUUCUAGCUAAAGAUAAAAACUGUUAUUAGAAGGAAAAAUUUAGGAUAUAUAGAUAAGUCAACAGAAAGUGCCUACUUUAUGUCUACAGAGCAAAAGCACCCCAGACAUUUUUAUAAUUGCAGGAUUUUAAGCAAAUUUUUAAAAAGUGACAAUUACUGCAAUAAUGUCUUACUAAAAAUACCCAACACUAUAAAUAAGUACAGAGUAUUCACAACAGUAAUCCUUACUGGAAAGGCCACUUCUGAAAAGUUUACAUUCACUUAGAAGAUUGCCUUAAAGUUUAUCUUUUAUCUAUGACCAAAUAUCUAGGGUACUUUUGGAAAUUUUCAGUACACCCCCUUAGAGAAUCACUUGUGAAUUGUUUUACACAUUCCUAAGCACUUGGCUGUGUUUAGACUGAGUUAGUGUAAUUCACACAUAUAAACUGACAUACAUUUAUAUUUUGACAAAAUAAAUUGUACAGUCAAAUUUUCAUUGACUUCAUGUUAUUUUAAAGCAUUUUCUUAAUAAAAUAUAUCUUUAGUUAAUCCUACUUUGCUAUGCUAUCUAGUAAAGUAAGUUCACUGUAGCUAAUGAUGUUACAGACUUAUGUAUACCCUUGUAUACCUAGGACAGGGCUGUUUUGUGCCAAUAAACAGCAGAAUAUUGUCCUCACUGAUUUAAGAAUUAAAAAGAUAAAUUUUAAAAUUUUUA